GAAAUCUGUGACGCAUAUUUUGGUCGACGCAGCACAACAGCCAAGCUGACCAGGAUGAAUGUAGUUUAGUCAGAAAACUGAGUUAAUUUCAAACAGUCAAAGACUUUAAUUGGGCGAAGUGUCGUAGAAUUCCCGUUUGAAAUGCAUCUUAUACGUCACUGGAGCAAUUCUUUGUUUUUAAAGUUUUUUUUACUCUGUUUUUGUGCCUCUGACUAACGUGGGUCGUUCAUGAACAGUGCUUCAAAGUCAGUGAGUUGGUUCAAAAAUGACUUCUUUGCCAGUAUUGCACACCACGGGCGUGCUUUAUAGGAGGAUACUGUCCCAGUUCCCACAGGAUAUUAGUUUGGCUUUUGCUUACGGUUCAGGYGUUUUUAAACAGCAUGGAACGAGCCAUGGACUGAUGGAGAAAAACAUGCUGGACUUUGUGUUUGCUGUGGAUGACCCGGUGACAUGGCACACUAUGAAUCUGCUGCAGAAUCGCAAACACUAUUCCAUCCUCAAGUUGCUGGGUCCCACGAUGAUCAGCUCGCUACAAAGUAAUUAUGGAGCUUCUGUGUACUAUAACACACUGGUUCCUAUGGAUGGAAGGGUAAUCAAAUAUGGUGUGAUUAGCACAGACGCUCUGAUUGAUGACCUCUUGCACUGGAAAACCAUGUAUGUCGCUGGACGCCUUCACAAACCGGUGAAGAUGCUGGUGCAGAGUGAGAACGGAAAGCUCCACGCUGCUCUGGUGGCCAAUCUGAAAAGUGCUGUCACAGCUUCCUUCCUCAUGCUUCCUGAAAGCUUCUCUGAGGAAGACCUUUUUCUUCGCAUCGCUGGUCUUUCUUAUGCUGGAGAUAUUAGGAUGGUGAUAGGAGAGGACAAGUCUAAGGUGGCCAAUAUUGUGAAAGACAACAUGCAGCACUUCAGGGCUCUGUACAGCAACAUCCUGCGGGACUGCCCUCAAGUAGUCUACAAACCACAACAAGGAAAACUCGAGGUAUCUCAUCUAUCGUGAAGUCGUCCAGCAUAACACAAACUAUCAAAGGCAUUGCAACAGCUGGUUUGUGGAAGACGGUGUCAUACAGCUCCAGGAAAUUGAAGAAGAUGUGGAGGGGCUGGUGGAGGAAGCCACCUGUUUCAAACAUGUCCUGAUGCAGAUUAUGAAAAACCAUUUCCAUGAUCCGUCCUUUCUUUCCCUUUUUUUUUUUUACACCUUGACUAACUGUGACUGGAACAAUCACACUCUAAUCUUCAUUACUUACAUCCUGUGUCAUUUUGUGGGCUCUGUAAACAUGACGCUGCCUGUGUACACAUGCUCUUUCUCAUUAAACUCAUGGUAGUUGCAGGAAAAAAAACUGUCCUUUUGAAAGACAGACUUAAUAAAAUUCCCAGUUGUACUAAGUGUUCGACCUUUCUGAUUGUGGGUGGCAGUGAGUCAGAAGAAACCGCUGAGAGGGACACGUACAAUCAGUGAAAUGUAAAAGUCACAAAUCUUGUGUUAACACAGCUUGAAACAUUUACCUCAAGUUUAAUGACCUGAGUUUGGCAUCGUGUUCUAGUUACAUCUGAAUGGUUUUACGUGAACACUGCUGACCUUGUUGGGACCUAUGACUGAUGUAAUAGGCUUCAACGUAGUUUCAGAAACCAUGCACGUAUUAUAAUUUAUCUGCGUUAGUGUUUGACUUGUGGGUUUGGAGUUUCACUCUCCAGAUCACAGUAGUGUGCAAGUUUGUUAAAAUAUAUUAAAAAGAAGUGAAUUUUGAGUGAUUUAUCCAGCGACUGAUAUUUUAUCUAUGGUAGACAUAAAACCAGAACUGAAAAGUUAAAUCCAUUGAAAUGAUCCUUUAUUGGUACGGGAUGUUUUGGUUUCAGUUUUGGACAGUGGAUGUUUACUGGAGUUGCUUCGUCCAUUUUAAUUUGAUGCAGCUUUUGUUGAAAUGAGGAUAACCAUGGAUUUCCUCACAUAAUACUUCCUCAUAACAAACACUGUUGUUAUUUUUUAUGUGUGUAUUUGAAAUUUCUUUAUUAAAUGUAUAAAACUAUACUAUACAUUAUAGUAUAUAGUGUCAUGCAUGUAUUGUCACUGCACUGUCUGUUUAGUAAUGAAAGUCUACAUGUAGUUAAAUAUUGAGUAACUUACUAAACUCAAUUGGAAAAAAAAUUGCCUCACAGCCUAGCAGACAUYUAAUCAAUAAUUGUAAAUAACCCAAAUCACAAUAAAUAAACACAUAAACUUCGCCUCAUACUAACAGUGAAAACAACUUUUGACCCUUAAACUGACCUUUUCGGGAUUCGCUUCUUUGGUCUCCCUAAAUUUGAAGCGAGCCACAAGCUUUUGUAUCCCAAAAAUAAACGUACAAACAACACAUAUACUUACUUUACCAAUGAUGUGUUGAAUUUUUAUACUUUCAAGUUGUUUUCGUCGUCCACUGCAGUCUUUUGAUGGCAGGGUGUGUACUGGUACUUUGUAAUACCUUGCUGUAGAAGGAUGAAUCGCCAUAAAAAAAGAAGUUUAAUAAAGUUUUAUAAUAUAAUCACAA